UACGAAGUGGUGUUUUGUGGUUAAUGAUCGCAUCAAGUUAGUCGGAAGACAUUCGCGAGUGUUAUUAUAUUGGAGUAUUCAAUAAACAAAGUGUAUCUGCCUAUUUUCGCUUCGUGUCAGGAAGCCGCUUCAUAACUCAAAAGUUUAUGCGGACUUUUGAGUUAAUUCGUUUGGGGUUCGGAGUAGGAGUCUACUCCGAGGGUGGGGGCUUAGGUUUCAUCAUCAUCACCUUUCAUCAUUUCAUUAAUCAUCAAGAAAAAAAAUACGUCAGACAUGGCUGUAUGGGCAUAGUUCCCUUUGCCUUACCCUUCGGGGAAAACCAAACAAAAAAAAAAAAAAAAAAAAAAUAUCUUCGAAAAGUUAACUGUCGUGUUUUAGUUAAAUCCCUAAUUUAUUGUUUUUUGACUGUAGUGUUAAUUUGAUUCACUAAACUUUUGUACCGGUACUUUUGUUUCAACCGCAUUAAUUUUGCAGUUUUAUUAACUACACGUUCAUCAUCAUAGAAGUCAAGAAAUAGAUAAGUGCACGUUUAAGAGUUUAGUCCUCUCAAGAUGAGCCUAGAGUCAAUAAAAUACAAAAGAGGAAAUUUAGAAAUUUUAGACCAAUUACUUCUCCCCAUACACACGAGAUAUGUGAAGGUUCAAGGAGUGGAAGAUGGCUGGAAAGUCAUAAAUAAAAUGCAGGUGAGAGGAGCACCAGCAAUAGCUAUAGUCGGAUGCUUAUCACUUGCUGUUGAGUUACUGAAGGACAACUCUUCUGACAAAAAAAUCAUGAGACAAGAGAUUGAAGGCAAACUCAAUUAUUUGGUAUCUGCACGGCCAACAGCUGUAAACAUCAAAUUGGCAGCCGACAAACUCAUAACUUUGGCAAAUGACUUGAGUGCUGAUGAGAAUGUUUCCCCUGACGAUUUUAAAGAGAGAUUUAUAAGUAGUAUAGAAAGUAUGCUAACCAAAGACAUAGAGGACAAUAAGGCUAUAGGCAGAUUUGGUUGUGAAGCAAUAUUGAAAAAUUUGGGAGGUGAUGGUCUUGUUCGGAUCCUUACACACUGCAACACGGGCUCACUGGCAACAGCUGGCUAUGGAACUGCUUUGGGAGUUAUAAGGUGUUUAUAUGAAAGGAAAAGGAUUGAACAUGUAUACUGCACGGAAACUCGGCCUUAUAACCAAGGAGCUAGGUUAACGGCGUAUGAACUGGUUCACGAGAAAAUUCCCGCGACGUUGGUCGUCGAUAGCAUGGUUUCUGCUCUCAUGCAUGCCAGAAAGAUCACCGCUGUAGUUGUUGGGGCAGAUAGAGUGGCAGCGAAUGGUGACACGGCGAAUAAAAUUGGAACGUAUCAAAUAGCUAUAGUUGCCAAAUAUCACGAAGUGCCUUUCUAUGUGGCUGCGCCACUGACGUCCAUAGACAUGUCCCUGACUUCCGGGGAGAGGAUCAAGAUCGAAGAGCGACCUGAUCGGGAGAUGACGCACAUUGGCGAGCAUCGCAUCGCUGCAGCUGGUAUAAAAUGCUGGAAUCCUUCCUUCGAUGUGACGCCAGCCUCUUUAAUAACCGGCAUCAUAACUGAAAGAGGUGUAUUCGAUCCUGAUAAAUUAAAGGAGAUCAUUCCUAAGCUAUCAAAUUGAAUGAUUUAUUAAGCUGAACAUAUUAAACUAUGCUGCGUUUCCUAUUGCUCAAAACUAUAUUUAC